UCCGUCUCCAAACUACUCUCUGCCCCCAACUCAAACAUGGGGAUCUUCAGCCUCUUUGGCAAAGCAAGACCCCCUCAUCCAGAAACAUUCCCGACCGACACCAUAGUCCCAAUCGGCUUCUGGGAUGGCCGAUCGUAUCAACAUAGUAUCUGCAUGGAGGUCACCUACCGGUUUGACGAUGUGCUUGAUGUCGAGAGGCUGAAUCACUCUCUGACAAGACUGUUGCAGCUUGGGGAAUGGCACAAGCUCGGCGCGCGCUUGCGGCGGAAUGAUGCCGGACAGCUUGAAUAUCAUAUUCCGCGGGAAUACACUGCCCAACGACCAGGUUUCAUUCUCACAAGCGAAGAAUUUCCAAUGAAGGCGAUCGAGCAUCCCCUGGCUUCCAAAAUUCCCACAGCAACAGAUACACCUCGGGUGCUCGGCGUAGCCGACGAGAUCGUUCCCAUCUGUCACCAUGCGCAAGCGCCGCGGUGUCUGGACGACUGGAUCUAUACGGACCGACCUCAGCUUGCUAUCCAUGCUGCCUCAUUCACCGACACCACAAUCCUGACGAUAACCUUCCUGCACACCCUCAUGGAUGGGAUGGGCAUGUCCAGCUUCUUCACGGCCUGGACGGCUGUGCUGCGUGGCCAAGAAGAUCAGGUACCCACUUUCCUCGGGUUCGACACCACCCCAAUGCACACCUUGAAUAGCACGAUUCCCGUGGAACCAUUCAUACAUCAGGGGCUAUUGCUCCGAGGUUUCCGCAUGCUGCUCGGUGCCAUGUAUAUCAUGUGGGAGUAUUACUGGCGAGGACCGGAAGAGCAGCGUGUCGUAUGCAUCAACGGGUCAUUUGUUGAUCGGAUGCGGAGCCAGGCGAUGCAGGAACUCACCACUACGAAGCAUGAUACGAACGCUCCCCGCGUCUCAUUCCUCAGCGAGAGCGACGUCCUUCUAGCAUGGUGGACCCAAAUAGUGGUCAAAGCGCUCAACCCCAACCCCAACCGCUUGCUUGUGCUAAUGAACAUCUUCGACUUCCGCUCCCUCAUCCCACCUCUACCAGGAUCUACGACUUCCUCUGAGAAAAAAAGCAUCGCCGUCAUCGGAAACGCCACUUAUCCUGCCUACACCUUCCUCCGGGUCGGCGAAAUCCCCACGACGCCGAUUAGCCACCUGGCCGCGCAAAUCCGCCACUCCUUGGUCCAGCAACGCACCAAGCCGCAGGUAGAAGCCCUGGCCGCCUUGAUCCGCGCGACCACGGAAGCGCAAGGAGUCGACGCGACGCUCUUUGGCGAGCCCAGCUCGCUCCUCAUGGUCUGGUCAAACUGGCAUAAGGGACGCCUCUUCGAGAUUGACUUUUCAGCGGCUGUCACCUCGAUUGGGGUGCCAACGUCAGUUGGGAACGGGCGAACGAACCCUGUGGGACGUCCGUCAUAUAUUAUCUCCAAUGCCCACGUGGGCGGCCCGAUGCCGACGAAUCUCGGGCCCGUGGUGGGCAAGGAUGCGGCGGGGAACUGGUGGUUGACGUGGAGACUGCCCCAGUGGGCAUGGCCGAUGGUGGAAGCGCAAGUACAUUCGGCGGUUCUAGCGAAAUGAGGGGGAUAGCACCAGAAGCUGUAGACUAUGGGCAGUCAGCGUUUGAGAUGAGAUACUCAAGGUACAAUGCUUCCAGAGC